AUGAGUGACACACAGUCCAGCUUCACUGACAGGCCUCCCAAGAAAGCAAACCGAACCAGCAGCAUUCUCUCAAAGGACCCUCCUCCCGACAAGAAACCAAAAAGUGACAAAGCCCCUCUGUCCAGUAAUGACUUUGACCCUACAGCAGACGCUCUGGUGGUGCAGAAGAUUGGCAGCAGCAGUGUGCUAGCAGAGGGGAAGCCUGAGUCCUGUGGUUUAGUCCAACGAUGUGUGAUCAUUCAGAAAGAUGAAAAUGGCUUUGGGCUCACAGUCAGUGGUGACAAUCCAGUGUUUGUGCAACUCGUCAAGGAAGAUGGGGCUGCUAUGCGGGCAGGUGUACAGACAGGAGACCGAAUCAUUAAGGUCAAUGGGACCCUUGUUACACAUUCUAAUCAUAUUGAAGUAGUAAAACUUAUCAAAUCGGGCUCAUAUGUGGCCCUCACAGUAUUGGGGCGCCCUCCGGGGCUCACUCAGAUUCCUCUGUCUGAGGCUGAGUCGAAUAUGCUGGGUAUUAGUAUUUCCUCUCCAAGCUCUCCAGCAACCGACCGACCCUACAGCCCUCAAGACCGCCUCUCAUCCUCACACCUUCAAUGGGAUGAAAAUAGCAGUCCAUUAAACCAGAGAUGUGACUUGCUGCCACGAAUGCUUUCUAAAGAGCACCAAGAACUGCAGGCAAUGAAAGAAGAGUACAACAGGAAUCCCUCCCCUAAACUACUGAAAGAUAUCCAUGAAGCUAAAAAACACAUUCCUCAGCUGCAGGGCCAGCUCUUCAAAGUCUCUGGUGCAUCACAGGACACUUUUGGUGGAGAAGCAGACGACAGGAGCACGUUGGACACGGAGCAUAUUGCAAAAGGAGAACAUGGCACAGAUCUCUCUUUGAGCAGCACUCCUGCCCGAGGAUAUGGCCCUGGGUCUCCCGAACCUCAGCGUCCCAGGGAUCCCUUCUGUCCCAGCCCACAGAGCACGCCACGCCACAGCUUCAACUCCUGCCAAUCCCCCGAGGCAGAGGACGCUACUGAUUUGGACUCGGUGUCUCCAACAGCAGUCAGCAGUCCUUCAUCGGCUCGACUUGUCGCACAGAUAAUUGGAGCUGAGGACGGCUGUUUUGUAUUAGACCACGAGCAGACAAAUGGCCAGUGUAACAACUUUAAUAGCAUCGAUCAGCUUAAGUUAUGUCCUGCUCACCUUGCCGCUUUUUUGCACCAUGUAAUUUCUCAGUUUGACCCAGCUCCUGUUCUGUGCUACCUCUACGCUGACCUGUACAAGCAAACCAACUCCAAAGAGACCAGACGAGUGUUCAUGGACCUGCACAACUUUUUCAUUGACAGAGGAGCUAAUCUGAAAGUUGCAGUUCCAGAAUCAAUAUCUUCUGAUCUUGACCGAAGGCGGACAGAACUGAUCCCAGAGGAAAUAAACAGACAACAUGUACAAACAUUACAAGAGUCUUUACUCCCUGACAUUCAGCGGCACCUGGAAGAUUUCAGGCAAAAACGUAGCAUGGGUUUAACGGUGGCUGAAAGCGAAUUGUCUCGAUUGGACCAAGAGAGAACCAGAGACAGAGUAACUCAAGAGCGAGAGCGGUCGUAUGCAGAAAACAUAGUAGCAAAGAUUGAUGACAUCCUUUUAAGCACUCAAAAUACAGAGGAAGAGAAAUGCACUACAAUGCAGUAUGUUAUCUAUACGUACAUGAAGCACCUUGGUGUGAGGGUCAAGGAGCCCCGCAACCUGGAAUCCAAGUGGGUUCGGAUCAAUUUCCUACCAAAAAUUAAGAGAAGUAUUAAGCCUGACAAGGAGGGAGAGGAGAAGGUGAAGAAAAGAUUCCCCAGUAUCCUUGGACCACAGCGUCGGCCCAGUCGCAUCGAACCAAACUCAGUGGGGAAGGCUCUGGACGGUCGACCCAAGCCUCAGAAGCAGUUGUCUCAGCCUACGCUCGGGGCAAGUGAGCACACAGAGGGGGGGCGCCUCCGUGUGAGCCAAUCAAGCGAGGGUUCUGAGCUUGUGCACUCUGCUACAACCUCGUCUCCAGGAAGUGCUGCUUCUGACACCAGUAAAGACACAGACUUAAGUGGUACUCCAACCUCCGGGCCCUCGAGGCUCAGUGAUGGACUGCAGCCGGACCCUCUGGACGGUCUGACUUAUCCUCCCGCACAGUUUGACCUGUACAACCUGGACCAGCUGCAGGAAGAAGACCGAGAAAGCGACCGAUUACAGGACGGUACUCCAAAAGCACUAAGGAGGCUGGAAGGACUCGGCGAGGUCCAGAGUGAGGAUGACCAGGGCACGGACUCGGAACAUGACCUUCUGAACUGGCAGCAGCUCGUGGGACGGGAAGUACUGGCCGGUCUGCGACCGCACGAAAUCAAAAGACAAGAAGUUAUCAAUGAAUUGUUCCAAACCGAGCGUGCACACGUGAGGAUGCUGAAAGUAUUGGACCAUGUUUUCUGCCAAAAACUCACCAAGGAGGCCAUUCUCCCACUUGCGGACAUCAAGAACAUCUUCACCAAUCUAGAUGAAAUUCUUCUGUUGCAUGCUUCGAUACUGGAGCAAAUGGCGGCUGUUCGGAAGAGAAACGAGUCUUCGGUAAUUGAUCAGAUAGGAGAUGACUUGCUCUCUUGGUUUAGUGGGGGAGAAGAAGAGAAGAUCAAGAGAGCGGUGGGGACCUUCUGCAGUAACCAGCCAUUCGCUUUAGAAAUAAUCAAGAGUCGACAGAAGAAGGACUCUCGGUUCACCUCGUUCAUCCAGGAGGCGGAGAGCAACAGGCUUUGUCGCCGGCUGCAGCUCAAAGACAUCAUACCUGUGGAGAUGCUGCGGCUCACCAAGUACCCACUGCUGCUCGACAACAUCGCCAAGUACACAGAUAAUCCUGUGGAAAAGGACAAAGUGAAGCAGGCGGCAGAUUGCUGUAGAAAAAUUCUCAAUCACGUCAACCAGGCUGUAAAGGAAUCUGAGGACAAGCAGAGAUUGGAGGACUACCAAAGACGAUUAGAUCUCUCCUCGCUAAAGCAAACUGACAACCCCAUGAUCCUGGAGCUAAAGAACUUGGAUCUUACAAAGAAAAUGUUGGUACACGAGGGACCAUUGUCUUGGAAAGUGAACAAGGACAAAACAAUAGAGCUGUACACCCUUCUGCUGGAGGACAUCCUAGUUUUGCUUCAAAAACAAGAUGAACGCCUCAUUCUCAAGUGCCACAGUAAAAACCUGGCUGGCAGCGCUGAUACUAAGCACAUCUUCAGUCCCAUCAUCAAGCUCAACACUGUGCUGGUGCGCUCGGUGGCCACAGACAACAAGUCGUUUUUUGUCCUGUCCAUGUCUGACAACGGAGCUCAGAUUUAUGAGCUGAUGGCACCUACCGUUUCCGACCAGAGAACGUGGCAGCGAUUGAUCAGCCAAAGAGCAGACGCCAUGAAAGUCACACCUCAUAACAUCAUACCGUUACCUCAGUCAGAUGGAGAGCGCGACGGCGUGGAAAUCAUCGCAGCAGGUGUUUCCAGACUCGGCAGAGAGGCAGACCGCACAUCUACGGGAAGCACUCAGUCCACGGAAAAAGAGAGCAGCACAUUGACUAGAAGCUCGGUUCAAAAUUCAUUCUCUGAGAAUAAUCCAUUUGAAGAAGUGAAAGCAGAGGAAGGUUUUGUGGACACGCACCUACAUUUCCAAGUGUCGGAGGAAAGUCGAGAAGGAGACUUCUUUAAUCCCUUUCCUUCAAAAGCUGAUGAAGCACUGAAAACAUUGGCUGCUUUAAAGCAGGUGUUGGUGACACAGCUCAUGUCCCAGGAAUCCUGCGAGAGAACCAAGCGCUCGUCGGGAGCCCGUAUCCUCAGGACCACCUCACUGCGGACCCCUGUGGACAGUCGAGCUCGUGGGAUUGUGCACAAUGGGGCCGAGAGGAAGACCGCUGAUGACCCCGCCCAGGACCUGGGCUCUGGAGACACUGGCUUCUUUGACGCUCCUGAAGAUUAUGCAGGAUAUUUGGUCCUAGAAGGCUACGUUGGCCCAGGGGAAAGCAGCACAGACGAGGAACUCUUGGCAUCAACUGCAGGGAAGCCACUACGGGGUUGCACCGCUGAUUCUGGCAUCAAUCUAAGGUUUUCUUCCACGUCCCAGGCUGGCAGCCUUUCUUCUUUUAGCAGACAAGUUCUCUCUCACCUAAGACAUCUUCAGACUAACCUCAACUACCUAAAGGAGGUUGAGACAAAGUAUAACGGUCUUAUACAGCAAAGAUCCACAGCUGAUACAGAUGGGAACAAAGAUAAAAGAUAG